AUGUUUCCUGGUCAAGGCAUUCCCGAUUUUUACUGUGAAGCACCCUCUAUGAGCAGAAGUGCUCAUAGUUGUUGGUCUAAUGACCACAAUCAAUAUGCGGUAAAUCCUCAAUACGUUCCCUUGAUGCCGGAAUCUAUAUGUCCGGUAUGGCAACUACCUAGUCUAAGAAAUGACAUGGAACCACUUUGGCAAAUAAAAGGUACAUGGUCAGAUAACAAAAAAGCAAAAGCUAUUGUGAAACGGAAGCGCAAACGCACUGUUUUCACAAUGUAUCAAAUAGAAGUUUUAGAAGAUAUGUACAAAAUAAAUCAGUACCCCACACGGGAAGAAAGGCAAGCCAUUUCGGACAAACUAAACCUAAGUGAUAAACCUAUUGGAACAUGGUUCCGAAAUCGCCGUUUGAGAAAGAGAAAAGAAGCCCAUCAGCCUACGGAACAAGGGCAACAAGAAGGAAGAUGUGGUGAAAAUAACGUAGAAAAUGUUGAUUUUAAAGAUGUUGCAGGGAUUCAAACUAGUCCGGUGUAUGAACCUGUUUCUCCUGCAAGUGUUGCUGAAAGCAACGAAGAUGACAACAUGUCAAACUGGCAACCACCGGACCCAUAUGAAUCACUGUAUUAUCUUUUUGAUUUACAAACUAUGUUUACGUUAUAA